AGUCCAACUUGGGGCCAGUAGGAGCCCGUACCUCUUCCGCCAUACCGCCACACCUGCCCAGGCUUACCAUCAGCUAGGGGCGUCCCUGGAGCAGCGGCAGCGAGGGACACAAGCAGCAAUAGUCACAGCGGGGGGUCAUCAGUCACCAUGCGGACUUGUAACAUGGUGACUGUUAUCCUUUGGGUGACGGCCGCCCUCCUGUCAUGGGCAGCAGGGGAGAGAACACCAUACAGGCCUCCUGCAGACCUGGGGCUAAGUCCUGUCGAACUCCCACCAAGGGCAAAGGGGUCACGAUUUAUCUUUGGCUAUCCAUCAUGUGAGUAUCAAGGCAAAUCGGGCACUUGCUAUGGCACUGUGGAGUGUCUGGCGCUGGCUGGUACUUUCGGAAACUUCUGCAGCGGACUAUCAGGACUCUGUUGCCUCUUUUACCGCUCAUGUGGAAUGAGAACAUCACAGAAGUCAGCCUAUUUCCAAAAUCAGAACUACCCACUCACUGGCCGUGUUGACAAGACCUGCGAGAUGAAUGUUAUCAGGCGCUCAGAUGAAUACUGUGCCCUUAGAGUGGUAAUGAAAGAAGCAGACUUUCCUAAGCCAUCCAGGAUUGGUCUCUGUGAUGAUGCAUCUUAUGUAGUCACUGGAACUCGGAGCAGCACCAUUGCACCAAAGUGUGGCGAUCUAACAGGGGAAACCUACACCUAUGACAUGAGGUACACAGAUGAACUGAAGCUCACCAUCAACACCACCACAAUGCGAAAUGGCCUCCAGUGGAACAUGGAGAUCCACCAAGUUCCUUGCUCUGAAUACAACAGCCAAUUAGCUGGUGGUGACGGGGCUGGGGCUGGCUCUGGUUCUCAAGGUGGAACAGGGGUUGAAGUCCCCACUGGACCUGACGGCUCCACUGGAUCAGAAGGCCCCACUGGACCUGAUGGCUCCACUGGAUCUGAAGGCCCCACUGGGCCUACAAUACCUCCAGUACAACCACCAGCCCCCCCUGCCCCACCUACCAGCAUUUCUCCACAGCCUCCAGCACCAAUCAAUAUAAAAUGUGGAGAGCGAGGGCCACCACACAUGCCAGCAUCAAGAAGUGGAGACUAUGCUAGGCUGUGGGAGCCUACAGGAAGGCGUCACUAUCCUAGACCUGGAGCAACUUUCCAGAGACCAAGUUCUACCUACCGAGGAUCCAGACCAAAUAGGAGAACAUCGGCAAAUAGACGCAGACCAAAUAGGAAAACAACGAAUAACAGAUCAGCAGCAAAUAAGAGACCAGAAACAGAUUCAAAGCAUACUUCUGCAGCACGACAAGAAUCUGCUGUGGCUCCAAACUACAGAUUCACUGGAGCAAUCAACUCAACUGACUGGGCAGUACCAAGUCUCAAUAACACACUCUUCUAUGAUUACAUGGGUCUGCGCACACCUAUUCCAACUCGCAUCACUUAUGGUCGGUUGGCUGGAAUAAGAGAGAUCCCUUGGCAGGUGGGCAUGGUGGUGGAUGGCAAAUUCCACUGUGGAGGUGUCCUCAUUGGAGAACAGUCGAUCCUUACUGCAGCCCACUGUGUCGUCCAGUAUAAGAGUACACCCGAAAAACUGGAGCUGACUCUUGGUGACUGGGAUCUCAGGACAGAAAAUGAUGGGAAGUCCCUGAAGAUCAAGGCACAACGUAUCAUAGUGCAUCCUUCUUACUCCCGUGCAAAUCUGCAGAAUGAUAUUGCAAUGAUAAAGCUGGCUUCCAAGGUCACUUACACAGAAAGAAUCAAGCCUAUUUGUUUACCCACCACAGAUUUGGAGUUGGCUGGUAUGGAAACCACUAUUUCUGGCUGGGGAAGAAAUGAAGACAAGUUACUCCAGCCACAGCUAAAAAUAUUGGAGGCGAAGGUCAUAAGCAAUGUUCUGUGUGAUGAACGAUGGAAUAAGCAAGGGGCUCCAAAAGGUUUUAUUGUAGACACAAUGAAGUGCAUGGACCCUACAAGUGGGGACUCCUGCAAUGGUGACAGUGGAGGCCCAUCAGUGCUGGAGCAUCCUCCAAGUUCUGGGAGGUACGUGUUGGUGGGGAUAGUGUCCUUUGGCUCUGGCUCUUGUGUGGACCCUCUGCUUCCAGGUGUUUACACUAGAGUGCCCUCCUACAGACAAUGGAUUGCAGAUAACAUGAACAUGGUCUAAUUCCUAGCAUCUCUAAAACCAUCUAAUCCUCCUUACAUCAACCAACUUUAGGUUAUUCUGUACCUUUCAUAUUAUCUAUAUUAUACAUUACUUAUGUUUUUACUCCAAUGUUUUAACCCAAAUGCAUACUUGGCAAUGAUGCAGUCUGGAACUAAUCACCAGGACUCACAUGUGUUGUUAUGAAAGGGGCGUUUUCACAGAAAUACUCAUCUCACUCUGGCAGAUAAAACUAUAUCAUGAAAAGUUUGCUUAUGGGGUAGAGUAAAGACUGCUUUCUCUCUAUUAUCUAAAAAGCUGUCAUGUGGUGGUGUACUGUUAUCCUGUAUCAUUAUAGGUACUAAACAUGCACGUCAACAUGUUUAGUUUAUUCAUAAUCCAAAAUUAUUAAUAUUUCCACCUUCAGAUAAUAUAUUUUUUUUCAUAUUCAUUGAAAGCUGCCAGCAACACUAAUAUGAAUUUGUGGCAAGAAAUAGCAAUAAGUCUUGAGAAUCUGCUGUGAGGCACUGUAAGACAAGAUAUAAAUAGAUUUUCUUACCUGAAACAUCCUAAUUCUCACAUCUAACAGACAUAAUGAAAAAACUGUAAAUUGAUUCAGUUAUGGUGCCACAACAUGGUCACAUAGCACUGUAUAAUUAUAAUGGAUGACUAAAUUUUACACAAGUUGAUAAAAACACAGUAGACUAAACUUACAAAACUGGCAGUUCAAAUCAUUGGUGAUAGUUUGAGGCAUUAUAGCAUUAGGAUCCACCUGAGUGCAUACAGGGAGUGGCAAGUCACAUCACCAUGAAGAAUGUAAUCUGCUUUUAUAUCUUAAUACAUUCUGUUUUUUUU